AUGCGCUUCAUUCCCAUGGAGGCGAUGACCGUCCUCACCGGUUGCGCUCUGCUUCGCUACUUCAAGUUGCCCUUCCUCACGUUCCCUGUGGCUGUCAGCGCCUUCUACACCGUGUUGGACCUCAUUCAAGCACGCGCUGAUCACCACCCCUAUUAUUCCUACAAGGGUAUUGUGCACGCCCACUCUCCCCGCUCGACCAUCGUUCUGGCUCGUGUGCUCGAGAAGCUCAUCAUCCCGUACUACACCGGCCACUCUCUGGCGAGCGGGCGCAACGGGGACUAUUCGUUUUGGUUCUACCUGCUGGGAGUCAUUUCGGUGGUGUGCGCAUCGGAGGAAAUGGACUUCCUCCGCGAGCAGAGCACCAAGAAGUGGUUCAGGUCGCUCGUCCUCUCGGGCGUGCUCGUGUCCUUGGGCGAAAUCUGGGACAGGGACACGUUCACUCGCUUCGGCAUGGGAAUGCUCCUCUACUCGUUGGCCCGGCCUGUGGUGGAGAAGAGCCUUGCGCAGGCGUCGCUGAGCACCUUCAUCUCUUCGGUGCUUCUGGUGCUCGGUCCGCUGGUCAACAAGAAGUACCUCACCGUGAUCAGCGGUCUGCAGGUUUGGGGCUACCUGGCCAGAUUGUCCCACGAUUACUUCAGGGACUCGGUGGCGUUCCCUCUCGUCCUCACAGGGCUCGGAUUCGGUCUGAUCGGUGCCGGUCUCAAGAUGCAACGCUACGAAGACAUGCUCACUUCCCCGGCCACGGUCUCCUUCUUUGCUGGAAUCAAGCAGUGGCUCCUGCGCUUCAUCUAG